GCCGGCAGCGCCAUGGGGUCCCGGUGGGUUCUGGGCUUGGGUUUGCUCCUGGGGGUCCUCGGAGGAGCCGUGAACGGGCUGCACUCCCUGCGCUAUUUCCACAUCUCGCUGGCGGAGCCCAGCUGGGGGCUGCCUCAGUUCACGGCUGUGGGGUACGUGGAUGGGGUCCCCAUCGCUCGCUACGACAGCAACAGCAGGAGGAUGGAGCCCCUGAGGGAGUGGAUGAAGGCCAACCUGGAGCAGGGGUACUGGGAUGGCCAGACCCACACUGAACAGAUCAACGAGAGGAUGAACGAAGUGAACCUGGUUAUCGUGCAGGCGAGAUACAACCAGAGUGGGAGGCCUCAGACACUGCAGCAGAUACAUGGCUGUGACCUGCUGGAGGAUGGCAGCACCAGGGGGUACUAUCAGAGUGCCAUCGAUGGGAGAGACUUCCUGGCCCUCAAUGAGGACAUGAAGACCUUCACUGCAGCAGACCAAGCAGCUGUGCUCACCAAGAGGAAGUGGGAGGAGGAUGGGACAGUGGCUGAGAGGUUGAAGCACUACCUGGAGAAAACCUGUGUGGAGUGGCUGAAGAGAUACCUGAGCUAUGGGCAGGCUGAGCUGGAGAGGAGAGAGCCCCCAGUGGUGCGAGUGUCAGGGAAGGAGAGCCAGGGCAUCCUGAGCUUGUCCUGCCGCCUGUAUGGCUUCUACCCGCGGCCCAUCGGCGUCAGCUGGCUGAAGGGGGCCGAGGUGCGGGACCAGGACACCCAGCGGGGCAGCAUCGUCCCCAACAGCGACGGCAGCUUCUCCACCUGGGCCUCCAUCGAGGUGCUGCCGCAGGAGCAGGAGCUCUACCGCUGCCGGGUGGAGCACUCCAGCCUGCCCCAGCCCCGCCUCUACUCCUGGGAGCCGGAGGGGCGGUCGCUGCCUGUGGUGCUGGCAGUGGUCGCGGCGGUGGUCACGGCGGUGGCUGCCGUCGGGAUGGGCAUUGCCGUCUGGAAGUGGAGAUCAGGUGAGAGCUGAGGGAGAGGGGAGGCAGAGGGUGGGAAGAUCAGAAGAAAGGCUUCACCCGGUACCACCAGUUAG